AUGAUGACUCGGAAGCGCGUUGUUCAAAGCUAUGGCUUUGUCUUUUUCUUUGUUGUGGUGCAGUCUGCACACGGAGACCUGAGCUAUUCUGUACAGGAGGAACUCAAGCCCGGAUCUGUUAUUGGAAAUAUCGCCAAGGAUCUCGGCCUGGACGUGGGAAGGCUGUCUGCUCGCAAAGCUCGUGUUGACAUGGAAGGAAACGACAGACAUUAUUGCGGGAUUAACCUUCGAAACGGAGAUUUAAUUGUUGCGGAGAGAAUCGACCGAGAGGAGCAUUGUGGAGAAAAGCCUUCGUGCGUUCUUAAAUUCGACUUGCUAUUAGAAAACCCACUGGAGUUACACCGGUUGUCCCUGCAGGUGCAGGACAUAAACGACAAUGCACCAUUUUUCCCGAAGGAUAUUAUUAAACUUGAAAUAACAGAGUCAGCUGCCAAAGGAGCUCGGUAUCGUAUAAAUGCAGCACACGAUGCCGAUAUAAACAAGAACUCCGUUGAAAGCUACAUUUUGCAACAAAAUCCUCAUUUUCUUUUCAGUAGUCAGACAAAUGCUGGUAGUAAUUAUGGUGAGUUGGUUUUAGAUAAAGAGUUGGACCGAGAGGAGCAGCAGGAAAUGAAAUUAUUACUCACCGCUGUAGACGGAGGUUCUCCUCAGAGAUCCGGUACUGUCGUCAUACACGUCAUUGUACUUGAUGCUAAUGAUAACGCCCCAGUUUUUACUGAGGCCGUUUAUCAAGCCACGUUACCGGAGAACUCUGCUAUUAAUACGCCAGUUAUCACUGUCAGUGCGUCAGAUGCAGACGAAGGUGUCAACGGAGAGGUUACUUAUGAAUUCAGCCGACUGUCUGAUAAAUCACGAAAUAUGUUUUCACUCAAUGAGAAAACUGGAGAAAUCAGUGUGACAGGUGACAUUGAUUAUGAAGAGGGAUCGAAAUAUGACGUGUUUGUUGAAGCUAAAGAUGGUUAUGGACUAUCUUCAGUUGCAAAAGUGAUUAUUGAUAUCACUGAUGUAAAUGACAAUGCCCCUAUGAUAUAUCUGAAAUCACUGACUAGCCCGAUACCUGAGAACGUGUCACCUGGUACAGAGGUGGGCAUCAUCAACGUGCAGGAUAGAGACUCUGAGACAAACAGACAGGUCCGCUGCUCCAUUCAGCAACACGUCCCUUUUAAGUUGGUUCCUUCUAUUAAAAACUAUUAUUCUCUGGUGACCACAGGACAACUGGACCGUGAACUAGAGUCUGAUUACAACAUUACAAUCACUGCCACUGACGAGGGCUCUCCACCUCUGUCCUCCUCUAAAACUGUCCAGCUGUCUGUAGCAGACAUCAACGACAACCCACCUGUGUUUGAGGAACAGUCCUACAGCGCUUAUGUGACUGAAAAUAACAAACCUGGCUCCACUUUAUGUUCCGUUACCGCUCGAGACCCGGACUGGAGACAAAACGGUACCGUGGUUUAUUCUCUGUUACCUGGGGAGGUGAACGGCGCCCCGGUGUCCUCCUAUCUCUCUGUUAACGGAGACACGGGGGUGAUGCACGCUGUGAGGUCGUUUGAUUAUGAACAGUUCAGGAGUUUUAAAGUGCACGUGAUGGCCAGAGACAACGGUUCUCCUCCGCUCAGCAGCAACGUGACCGUCAGUGUGUUCGUAUCGGAUGUGAAUGACAACUCUCCUCAGAUACUGUACCCCGCCCCGGAGGGCAACUCCUUCAUGACCGAGCUGGUCCCCAAAGCUGCACACGGAGGCUCUCUGGUGUCCAAAGUGAUCGCGGUGGACGCGGACUCCGGGCAGAACGCCUGGCUGUCCUAUCAUAUAGUCAAAUCCACUGAUCCGGGUCUCUUCACUAUCGGUCUCCACAGCGGAGAGAUCAGGACCCAGCGGGACAUUUCUGAGUCUGACAGCAUGAAACAGAACCUCAUUGUGUCGGUGAAGGAUAACGGACAGCCCUCUCUCUCUGCCACCUGCUCCAUGUAUUUACUUAUUUCUGAUAACUUGGCUGAGGUGCCAGAACUGAAGGAUAUUUCUUAUGACGAGAAGAACUCCAAACUGACCUCUUAUCUGAUCAUCGCGCUGGUGUCCGUGUCCACCUUUUUUCUGACCUUCAUCAUCAUCAUCCUGGGUGUGAGGUUCUGUCGCAGGAGAAAGCCCAGACUGUUGUUUGAUGGAGCAGUUGCCAUCCCCAGCGCGUAUCUCCCUCCUAAUUACGCAGACGUUGACGGCACAGGAACUUUACGCAGCGCCUACAAUUAUGACGCGUACCUGACAACAGGUUCUCGAACCAGUGACUUUAAGUUCGUGAGUUCUUACAAUGACAACACACUGCCUGCUGACCAGACCCUGAGGAAAAGUCCAUCAGACUUCGCUGACCCGUUUGAUGAUAUAGAGCCGUCUGUAGAGGUAGGAAGCUUUCUAAGUAAUUUACUUGUCACUAUUGUUUGA